AUGAUAAAAUUCCCAAGUAUCUGGGUUUUUCUAUGUAUAAAUAAUGACAAGAUUUUCUUUACAAUCUAUAUUCAACUCGAUAAAAUACAAAUGCCUUUAAAAGUGGAUAAAACAAAAGUCUUCUUCGAAAACCUUGCCAAACAUACUACUGAAGAAUCAUUGCGAGCAUCCUUAUUGAAAGAAUACCAAGUACAAAUAUGUAGCGUUCCAUUAGAAUCAGGUCAAAACAAAAGAUACAGUUCGGUUAAGUUUACCGACGAGGCUAAUGUUGAUAAGUUAAUGAACAAUCGGCCGAUUCGAAUCGAUGAUCAACAUGUCGAAGUUUACCGAUCAGUGCCUGAUAAAGGUCCUUUGAAAGGGAAAUUAGGCGUCACAACUCUUCUUGUUCACGGCAUAGAAAACAAACUAACCAAAAAAGAUAUACAGGAAUACUUCCAAGACAAAUAUGGAAAAAUAAAAAAUAUUUCUACCAGUGAAGACGAUGGUCUUUGUCAAGUCGAAUUUUUCGACUACGAUUCCGUGGAUAAAGCUUUGUUAAAUAAGCCACAUCAAAUUAAAUCUGUCAAUAUCAGCAUAGAAAAAGGUGAGCGCCGUCGUUCACAACCGGUAACAACUGAAGUAUUAGGUUCACAGCGAUCGGCCCAAAAAUAUCGUAUUCAUGUAACCAAUCUUCCAUUAACAACAAAUGCAAACAGCCUAUCGAAGUUAUUCAAUAAUUGGCCAAUUCGCAAUAUACUUAUGCGACGAACUAGUCAACAAGAUUCAUCAACUGAAUGUUGA